UAGAGAAUCACUCUGAAACUGCUCUGGUGACAUGUUAUCUCCUGAAAAGGCAGCGUCCCCAGAUGGAAAAUAACUGGAGAAUGUUUCUGAAUAACAGCAGCUAUGCGAGCAGAAAGCACGCUGACAGUGAGAGCUGGACCCAAACUUCUCCUGGUGGAGGCGUUUUUCAAAACCUCUGAAAGAAUUUGAGGCAGGAGAGAAGAGGAGCUACAAGGAGCUGCUGUGACAUUCUUCAUAAAUCAGCUCCAGUUAAAAAGCUGAUGCUUGGUGUCACAUCAGGGUUCAUCCCUGCCCCACCAACAAACAUCACCAUCAUGUGCUUUCAAUGCUUGCUCAAUCCAACAAGAAGUGUGGCAAUGAAAUAUCUUGUGUGUGACUCACAGCAGUAACACCUCCAUCAGAUUCUCCUUAUCAUCUGCUUUGUCCUCCUCACUGAAGAGGGAGCGCAAUAAUAAACCAAAGAACAGAAAAGGAGGACAGGUUUGGUGACCUCUCCCCCACUGAGAGGUCAGGACUCUCGCCGACCCCGAUAUCUCCUCCAGGAGGGCAUGGAUGUGCUCCGGAGAUCCUCUGCGUUCGCCUCGGAGGUCCUGGAGGUGUUUGACCGAUCGCUGACGGAGAGAGAGCUGGUGUCUCAGUCCAAAGCUCUGUGCAGGGACUACAUCCUGUCCAGGCUCCAGCAGAACGGGCUGGGGUGGUCCAAGACCGAAGUCAACUUCUCUGCCUCCACCAAUGCAGCGCUGGCUGACGUGUCUCUGGUGCUUAUCUGUCUUGGCGAUGAGUUGGAGUGUAUGCAGCCCGGCCUGUACAGGAACGUGGCGCGGCAGCUCAGCAUCUCCGUCUCCAUGGAGAACAUGGUGUCAGAUGCCUUUCUCGGCGUGGCAACAGAGAUCUUCUCAGCAGGUAUAACCUGGGGUAAGGUGGUCUCCAUGUACGCCGUCGCAGGAGCUCUGGCGGUGGACUGCGUCAGACACGGACAUCCAACAACGGUGCAUGUCUUAGUGGACAGCCUGGGACAGUUUGUGCGCAAGUUCCUUGUUCCCUGGCUGAGGAGGCGGGGUGGAUGGACGGAGAUCACAAAGUGUGUGGUGAGGAUGGAUCUCUUCCCACAACGCCACUGGUUGUCCUCCCUCGUUGAGUCGCUCAAGUAUUUCCUCACCACGCUGUACGUCUACAUCAUGAAGGAACAGUGAGCAGACGGAGAGGAGAUGGGGUUUUAUUUAUAUUUUUAUUUUUUUGGAUGAUGGAACUGAAAUCUUCGACUUCAGAUUGUCCGUUCUGUUGCUGGAUGUCCACCGGCGAGUGUGUCGUCCGCAGCGUGCUGGUGUCGUUUCUGCGUGAGGGAUUACCCUUCAGCCAAAGAGUAGUCGCCUGGUGUCGUGGCCAGAGACUUCAGGAGGGAAUUCAACAACUUAAAAAAUGUUUCUAAUAUUUGCCUCUUCUGCACCAGUUUCUGUCUGUUAACACUGAGGCUUUUCCAGUGGGAUGUGAAGCUUUUCAUGCUGCUGAUGUUAGCAGCCUGAUGCUCAGUUGAAGGUGAAUGAAUUAUGUUUUGUGAGAAGUGAUGGAGAUGACUGUGUUUGUAGCUCGGACAACCUUUCUGGGUCAGAACAGAAGAGUUUCAAUCAGCUCUGAGUUUCCACUUGUUGUAGGUUCUGACCUGUUUACACUUGAUAAGUAUAAGCUUUACUUAACGAACGCCCAUUGAUGAUUUAAAAUUACCCUGUAAAUUCUGCAGUUUUUUUUCUCCACAUCAAGCACUUUUAAUAUUUUGGGCUUUCAGAGGACAGUCUGAAUGUAAAUAUUUCUGCUAUUUUUUGCCUGUUUUUAAUUUUUAACCUAUUUAUUUAUAAUUUUACGUCUUUUUUUUUACACUUUGGUCAUGAGUAACCUUUCACUGCAGUAUAAUUAACUGUCAGCGUGGAUGCUGUUCAGGAUGGUUGUGUGGGAUCGGUGUCACCUUCACCGUGUUAAUUUGCACAUGAGUUUUUUUGCUUGUUUUUUUUUUUUUACAACACAAUUAAAUGAACCAAAUACUCACU